GGGCACAGCCAGGAGCCAGCCGAGCCGGGGGCGCUGCGCCGGGUGGGUGGACCUCAGGCUCAGAGCAGAGGCCCGGGCGCGUCAAACCCAGCUGGCCUGGCCAGGCCCAUGGAUGGGGACCUAGCUGGAAAGAUGGCUUCCCCCGCCGGUGCCAUGGGCCCCAUGGACAGCCUGGAGCUCCUGGACCUCCUGUUUGACGGGCAGGAUGGCGUCCUGAGACGCGUGGAGCUGGCCGAGGGCUGGAGCCUGGCCGACCCGCAGGUGCUGCCCGGCUCAGACUCCGACGACUUCCUGAACUCCAUCCUGGGCCCUGGAGACUCCGUUCCCAGCUCUCCCAUCUGGUCCCCUGCGGCCAGUGACAGUGGCAUCUCUGAAGACCUUCCCUCUGACCCUCAGGACACCCCUCCACGCAGUGGGCUGGCCACCACCCCGCCCAGCUGCCAUCCCACUGAGCCUGGCAAAGGGCCCUGUCCCUCCUACCUGCCCGGGCCUCCCUGCCCCGCCGGGCCCUCGGGACCCCAAGUGCUGGAGGCCUCCGUGGCCAUAGACCUGGACGUGUGGAGCGCAGGUGGCCUCUACACUGAGGAGCAGGUGGACGCACCCUCUCGCUUCAACCUCACCGUGAAAGACCUCCUCCUGUCGGGCGUCGGGGACCUGCAACAGCAGCACCUGGCAUCCUCGCUGCGACCUGGGAGUGGGCAGUGUCAGGAGCUGGUGCUGACGGAGGAUGAGAAGAAGCUGCUGGCCAAGGAGGGCAUCUCCCUGCCCACCCAGCUGCCCCUCACCAAGUACGAGGAGAGAGUGCUGAAAAAAAUCCGCCGGAAAAUUCGGAACAAACAGUCGGCGCAGGAGAGCAGGAAGAAGAAGAAGGAGUACAUCGAGGGGCUGGAGACGCGGAUGUCAGCCUGCACUGUCCAGAACCAGGAGCUGCAGAGGAAAGUCCUGCACCUGGAGAAGCAGAACCUGUCUCUGCUAGAGCAGCUGAAGAAACUCCAGGCCAUCGUGGUCCAGUCCACCACCAAGUCAGUGCAGACCGGCACCUGCACAGCGGUCCUGUUGCUGUCUUUCGCCCUCAUCGUCCUCCCCUCCAUCAGCCCUUUCGCCUCCAACAAAGCCGAAAGCCCAGGGGACUUUGCUCCCGUGCGAUUCUCCUCCAGAACACUGCACAACGAUGCCUCCUCCCGUGUGGCCCCGGACACCGAUCCGGGCUCCGAGGCCCCAGGCCCCUGGCCCGACGCUGGCGUGCCCCACAAAGGGUCUCCAGGCAGCCUCGGGAUGGACUGGGGCUUCCUGGACAUACUGGCGCUGGGCAGUUCAACAAGGGAGCUGGACAACUCGACCCUGGUCCUGGGCAACUCGACGGAGGAGCUGGGCCCGGCCACCCUGCUGGACUGGGUGGCGCCUGAGCCGGUGCUCAGCACAGGACGGGCAGGGUUGGAGGUGGCGGGGGAGGAACUGUGAGCAUCCCCCGGAUGUGCCUCCAAGUCCCUCUGCCAGGGCACUUUGGGGUGCUAAAUGGACAGCGAGGCCCAGGCAGCAGAGGCGAGGCCAGACUCUGGUGGACACACUCAUCCGCAGGGACUGACGGGCGGAAACUGGGCCAGGGUGUGGCCUCCAAGCCUGAGAAAUAACAGAGACCCAGGCCCACGGCUGGCUGCCUGCGGCUGACUCCGUCCCAGAGGGCAAAAGCCCCGGCCACCCCCCGCCCCUGGCCUCCCUGGGGCACUGGGGAAGGGAGCGGCCCAGCCUGCAGGGACCCUGGACUUCUGGACUUCAGAGUGGCCACAGCUCACAACCGCCCCUUUUCUAAGACUGCUGCGACCUUUAAUAAAGUAUUUUGACAGAACACGGCUGGUGUGGGGG